AAUUGGUAAAGUGAAAAGGAAAACGAGCAUGAGGGAGACUGCUUCCAACGCUGACGCUGACUAUUUCUCGGACAAUGGUGAGCGGCUGUAUGAUCUGAACAUGCCAGCCGUGGUGAAGUUCAGCUACGCAGCUGAGAGGGAGGACGAGCUGUCCUUGGUGAAAGGAACAAAAGUCAUUGUAAUGGAAAAGUGCAGCGAUGGCUGGUGGAGGGGCAGCUACAAUGGACAUGUGGGUUGGUUCCCUUCCAAUUAUGUGGUUGAGGACUCGGAUAACACCUUCUCAGAACCUGUCAGCUCACUGACUGAAAAGCUAGCAGCAGUGGUUCAAAAUGCAGGAAACAGCCGUGUCUUGCACGUAGUGCAGGCACUUUACCCCUUCAGUUCCUCCAAUGAUGAGGAGCUCAACUUUGAGAAGGGGGAGGUGAUGGAUGUUGUUGAGAAACCAGAAAAUGACCCUGAAUGGUGGAAAUGUCGUAAAAGCAAUGGCCAGGUGGGACUUGUGCCUAAGAACUAUGUGAAUGUGGUGCAGAACUCGACCAACAGUGCCGGACCCCCAUUGCCUGAUUGUGACUACAUUCGUCCUGCAACUAGUGGAAAGUUUGCAGGCCGACAGUGGUACUACGGCAAAGUGACAAGACAUCAAGCAGAAGUGGCACUGAAUGAGAGAGGAGAUGAGGGGGAUUUCCUCAUCCGGGACAGCGAGUCCUCGCCAAAUGAUUUCUCCAUUUCCCUGAAAGCCCAAGGUAAGAACAAGCAUUUUAAGGUGCAGCUGAAAGAUGCCCUUUACUGCAUUGGACAGCGCAAAUUCGACUCAAUGGAUGAGCUGGUAGAGCAUUACAAAAAAGCCCCCAUCUUCACGAGUGAGCAAGGAGACAAACUUUACCUCGUCAAGGCCCUGUCCUGAUCAGAGCGUCAGAGGUUUGGACAGGACUGUCAGUUGGAGACCGGCAUGCAAGCUCAGCCAUUGGGUGACAAGGAAAUGCCAGCUGUUGCCAGCCAAGGUGACAUUCAUGCUGACUGCUUAACUCUUUCCAUUUGUCCUCGUGUUUCUACAUUUGCCACCUGUGCUAUAUUUAUGAAGCUAUACUGGAUAUACUUCUUAUUGUUUUCAUAGAUUUGAUAAAUUCUGCAUUUAUGUCCUGGAUGAUCAAAACUGUAAUAAAUGUCUUGAAGCUAACUAGAAAGCUUGAUUUUUACCUGGACGCUCUCUCUGCCUGACUUUUCAGAUGGCUACUUGCAGAACACCUUGUCUGCUGCCGCUGCUGCUUAAUUUUUCAGGAUUACCAUAGGCUUUUCACUGAAGAAAAAAAUAAAUAAAUAAAUAGGCACACUAAAAUAACACACUGAUUCUCUGGUGCUGGGAGGGAUUGGGCUUCAUUUUGUUCUGCUGACCUCUCGUCACUUGUUUAUUGAAAACAAGCCCCUGAGAAGAUAAAUGAGUCUUUUUAAGGAGAGCGGGCGACAGCAGCCCGCAUCAAAGCACGCAGCAGCUGUUAUCUGUUACUGUCCCAACAUUUAUUCAUUUCCUCCGUCUCAACUCGGCUUUUGAGCAGACUGGAUCAAUGGCCAAGGGCUGCAGGCGUCACCUCAUUUCAGCCUUCUUCCUCUGAGGCAGGCUUUAACAGGGGAAGUGAAUUUGGCCGCCUUUUUUUAUAGCAGAGUGUGACAGGAAGAGUAGGAGGCGAGGACGCAGUCACCUUCCUCUGUGACAGAUUGGAGUAGUACAGAGAGGAGUGAAAUAUCCACAGUAUACAUACACAUGUUCUUUUCAGUUCUGUCCCGAGAAAUCCCCGUAUUUCAUCGUUCAGUGUGUUUCGAGUUUAAUGUUAUUGCUAUAAUUCACAACCCAGAUGUCUGAUUCUGUGUAGUCUGAAGGAAAUGCAAGAUUGCAGCUCCAUGUGAAUAUUUCACAUAAUGCUUAAAACAAUGUGAUUUACAAAUGGUUCCUUUUGUGUGUGUUGUUUGUUUUUGUAUGUUUUGUCUCAUGGUUCCUUUUAGUGUAAUAAGUGCUUGACUUGUGGCAUGCUUUACGGGGAGUCAGUACAAAUGACAGUACUGCACAGAUCCUGGCCUAAUGGAUAAUUUAUUUUUCUUUCCAACUUCCUUUACAGCAUGCUUUGCCCAGAAAUCUGAGCCAGUGAAGCCUCAGCACAGUCACUGACUUUGUCAUUUCCCUCUUUUGCCUCUGCAUGUUCCUGGCUGCUGUUGAUCCAAAAGCUGGGUUGUAGCGUUUUUAGUGCAGAGGCUUGUGUCCAUAUGUGUCAUGCAUGAAACAUCUAAAUCUUCUCAAGUACCAUACGUUGGUUAGCCUCUUUCUUAAGUCUCGGACAUUUUGACAUCAGUGGGCUGUGAUGCUGGCACUGUAGCUCAUGCUUUCUUCUGUCCCUUCGCCCCACACCUACUUACUGCUGCUUCAUAAAUUAGGAUUCAUAUGUGAAGCUCAUCUUUGAAACGUUUUGCUGUAAAGUCUGUUUUCUGAUGAGUUCCUUCAGUGUCACAGCAUUACAUGGUGACCCACAUGUUUUUAAAACCAGACAGAGAAAAAAGUAAUCUUACUGUGCAUUUGAAUUUCAAAAAUAGACACGCCGAGGGAGAGGUGUGAAAUCUUCCAAGGUCUGUUUUUUUUUCUUUUUCCUGGAAUGUUCGUGCAUUUCCUUUCAUUUGGCAGGAGGCCUCAGAUGGUGUCAACUUUAGGGAGUUUUUUUUUUUUUUUUGGGAUUCAAAAAAGCAACUUCUAUUUGAGGAAAUAAAGCUUAAGAUAUCAAGGCUGUAAAAUGACACAGACAUGUUAAUUGUGGAUACAAGAAAGUGAGUUUAAAGUGUGAUCCCAGUUUGAAGACUGUGUUAAACCAGACUGGUUGAUUUGAAAAGUUCCAAGUUCAGUAUGGGAGCCAGUUAUCCAUCCUGAAUUAGGCAUAAUGUUGUGUCCUCAGACCAAGAGUACCUUUUUGAAAAUGGUUUGGUGUAAAAUGGAAGUUGUUUUUAAUUGUGAGCCUUUGUUGGAGAUCCUUGCACACAGCAGCUGGUUCUCUGUUGUGACCUGUGGUGGUGACUGAGGGAUUUUGAUUCAAGGAGAAGGGCAGGAGAAAGUUGUGUAGAAAGUGGGAAUUGAUCAGUAAGAUUUGAAAAAAAAAAAAAAAAUUAAAUUAAAAGUAUAGGUACAAAGCCGAGUUUGUAUUGGGAUCUUGCAUAAAAAAAAGACUUUCACAAGACCACUUUGGCAAUGCUCAUGUGCCUUAGCUGCUGCCAAACGAAACCAAAGGACCGACCAGCGUGAUAAGGAGCCUCUCGUUCCCUGCCCAUGCACUCUGGCCAAAAUGUUUGCUCUGCUAUUAUCUUUCAGUUUUUGUUUUUUUAUAUAAACUUUGACAUAUUUAAAUUAUUGAGCUCUUUAUCAUUAUAGUGACUGUUCAUCCUUGUUUUAGAGGUCGAUCUAUUUUGUGUUUCUUUAUCCUUAUUUAGAAAUAUGGAAGUCCAAUAAUGUUAAUGUUUAGGAUCAAA